AUGUCGAGCGGCACCGCGCCGCCGCACGUCGUGGAGAACCUGCACGGCGUCCUCCAGCUCUUCAGCGACGGCUCCGUCGUUCGCGGCGACGAGUCCGCCAUCAUGCCGGCGGGGCGGUUCCCGGACGUCCCGGGCGUCCAGUGGAAGGACGUCGUGUACGACGCGACGCGCGGCCUCAGGGCGCGCGUGUACCGGCCGCCUGCGGCCGCCGCCGGCGAAGGCCGCAAGCUCCCCGUGCUCGUCUACUUCCACGGAGGCGGCUACUGCCUCCGCGAGUACGACCAGCCCAUGUUCCACUCCUGCUGCCAGCGCCUCGCCGCCGAGCUCCCCGCCGUGGUGCUCUCCGCCCAGUACCGCCGGGCGCCGGAGCACCGCCUCCCCGCGGCGGUCGAGGACAGCGCGGCGUUCCUGUCCUGGCUGCGCGCCCAGGGCGCUCCCGGCGCUGCCGCCGCCGAGCCGUGGCUCGCGGAAUCCGCCGACUUCGCGCGGACGUUCGGGACCGGCGUGUCGGCCGGCGCCAACCUGGCCCACCACGCCGUCGUCCGGGUCGCCUCGGGGCAGCUCGUGCUCGGCCCGGCGCGCGUCGCCGGGUACGUCCUCUUCUCCGCCUUCUUCGGCAGCGUCGAGCGCGUGGCGUCGGAGGCCGCUCCCCCGCCGGAGGUGUCCCUGACGGUGGAGACGACCGACAAAUUCUGGCGCCUGGCGCUGCCGGUGGGCGCGACCAGGGACCACCCGCUGGCGAACCCGUUCGGCCCGGACAGCCCGACCCUGGAGCCGCUGCCGCUGCCGCCGGCGCUCGUCGUGGCGCCCGGGCGCGACGUGCUCUGCGGCCACAUGCUGCGCUACGCGGCGAAGCUCAAGGAGAUGGGAAAGGCCGUUGAGCUCGCCGAGUUCCCCGGGGAGCGGCAUGGCUUCUCCAAAGGGCAGUGGAGCGAGGCUACAGAUGAGCUGAUCCAGAUCUUGAAGCGGUUCGUCCGUUCGUGCACAAAUGACUCUGAAUGAGGUGAACCGGGUCUUGAGUUGGUGAAAAUGGUGUUGGUCUUCGUGUCUGCCAUUCAUCUUCAAAUGUAAUCAUGUCUUCCCUCCCAACUCCCAUGAGGCCAUGACUACCUCUACCUUCCUCUUUUCUGGCUUGAACAAAAUCACCAUCUUGCCUCAAGCCACUCUGAUGCCGUCA